AAAAAAAAAAAAAAGCAAGAUAACCAUACAAUUUGUUUAAUGGUCUUUGACAAAACCGUGUUAAACUGCCGAUACUUUAUAAUUUUUUCAAGUCACGUCGUUCUCUUUUCCUUCUCUGUUCUGUUUCCUUUUUUUUUUUUUCAUUGAUUAAAAAAAUGAAAGACGACAUUCCCGAUCCUUCAGUUGAUUUUAAAGCCUAUCAAACGUCACUCUUUAAAUCGCUAGUGUCAGCUACAGCAGCAGUGAAUAGUAUUCCUGUAUCCGAUGUUGGUUAUUUCAGAACUCUCGAUCGUUCAUUUGCUAAAGAAUUAGAUCAAGCCACUUCAAAUACACUCAGUCUAGCAAAUUCAUUACUGCAGCAUUGUGCUUUAGACGCUGGUAUAGAAUCACAGACAGAUUUUGAAGAUGUAGACGAUGUUGUAAGAGGAUAUGGAGGUGUCAUUGACGUAUGCGAUAAUUUAUUAGAAAAAGCGGAUAUUUGCUUGGAUCACCUCAAGGGCAAGAUCAAUACGGAUGAUGAUAUAUUACAAGCAACACCUGAAGUGGCUCAAAUUACUCAAGAAAAUACAGGAUAUAGAAUAUUGCAUGCUAAAAAUGUUGUCCGACCGCAAACAAAAUUCAAGGAUCCAGUAGACAAUUCAAACAAUACACCAUUUGAACGCAAGAUCAAAUACAAGCCUCACGCACAGGUGCCCUUAGACAUGACACCUGUAUUUGAAAACGGUGUACAGAAAUCGUUGCCUCACCCUUACAGCUAUGAGAUCCAGAAUAUUGAAUAUCCCGGACGUAUGUUUGAGAUUAGAGAACCCGUCAUGUAUAAUGAUUUCAACAGUACCUCAUUUACCUGGGUUGAUACCGAAGAAGGAUUGGAGGCGAUGAUGAAAGUAUUGGAUGACGCAGACGAGAUCGCAAUCGAUCUGGAACAUCACAACUACCGCAGCUAUCAAGGCUUCACUUGUCUUAUGCAAGUGAGUACACGUGACCAAGAUUUCAUCAUUGACACACUCGAGAUUCGCGACAAGCUAUGGCGACUGAAUGAGUACUUUGCGGAUCCAAGCAUCGUCAAGGUCCUUCAUGGUGCCGAAUCGGAUAUCAUCUGGCUACAGCGUGAUUUUGGGCUAUACAUUGUCAACCUCUUUGAUACCUACUUUGCAACCAAGCUUCUCGAAUUUCCUCAUCACGGCCUUGCCUAUUUGCUCAAAAAGUACUGCAACUAUGACACAGACAAAAAGUACCAGUUGGCUGAUUGGCGUAUUCGUCCGCUACCGCAAGAGAUGUUGACCUAUGCUCGUUCCGAUACGCACUUUUUGCUGUAUAUUUACGAUCACCUUCGUAACGAGCUCCUGACUGCAUCAACACAUAAUGCCAAUUUGAUGCGCUCUUCCUUGCAACUCUCAAAUGAGGUCGCACUACAAAAGUACGACAAAGAAAUCUAUGAUGCUGCAGAGGGUAAAGGGUCCUAUGGAUGGAAGUACAUGUUGAGCAAAUGGAAGUAUCCGAUGAACCCACAACAACUCGCUGUUUUCAAGGCUUUACAUCACUGGCGCGAUCAGACGGCUCGAGAUGAAGAUGAAUCAAUACGGUUCGUGCUACCCAAUCAUAUGCUCUUUGCCUUGGUCGAACGAAUGCCCACAGACACAAGCGGCGUCAUUGGCGCCUGUAAUCCUUGUCCUCCACUAGUCCGAAUGAACUCCCAGGCUAUCGCGACUACGAUUCAAAAGGCCAAGAUGGAUGCUCUUCUUGCCCCGCCUCCCAAAGAAAAGGAAACCAAAGUUCAAACCAAGAUGACAGCACCCGGUACGGUCCAAGUGAGCUUACAAUCCCCUGCCGUUCAAAAACGAAAGCCGGUGCGUGAAGUGGAUCCUUCUGCUUUUGACUUGAAGUUGGCGAAAAAGAUUAGGCUGGAAACUUGUUCCCAGUUGGAAAAACAAACAUCGACCUUAUUUGAAUCGUUCUUGUAACACGUCCCCACACAUUUUGUUUGAGAAUCUUGACUUAUUCCUGUCGUCCCGUCAUUUACCAAUGCGUCAUGUACGGAUAAUUUCCCUUGAUAUGGAAAUUUUUUUAAAAUAAAAAAAAAGAUCUGAAUUUUUUUAUCUACAGAUAAUAAUGACGAAAAAAAGGAGUAUUAUU